AUGAACAAUACAUUGGGACUUUUUGAUGCAAUCGAUACUAGUACUGUUGAAUUCAGAUGCAUUUUUGCAAUCUUUGUUGAAGCUUGUGCAACAAUUGAAAAUUAUGCAGCACAAACAAAUUCUGUUAUAAUUUUAGAAAAGACAAAAAAAAAUCCUAAUAAUAGUUAUAAGCAAGCACUUUUUGUAUGUGAAAAACAAGAAAAAUAUACUGAAACAAAUAAUAUAUAUACUACUAAAUGUAUUGAAUGUUCUUUUGCUAUCAGUAUAUAUUAUCGCAAAUAUGACAAAGAAUUUGCUAUUACUAAAUUAUGCCUGGAGCAUAACUAUGACUUUUGUUCUGAUGCUACAAAAUUCAGCAGUGUUAUAAGAAAACUUAAUCAAAAUGAUCUUGGAUUAAUAGAAAAGCUACAUAAUGAUAAACUUAGAACAAAAGACAUUUUUUCAAUAUUGAAUUCUGUUAGCACAAAAUAUAUUCAUGAACCUAAUAUUUACAAUGCUAUAAGUUGUCAAUGGCAGUUAAAGUUACAAGGUUUAAGUGAGAUCAAAAUGCUUCUUAAAAAUUUGCAUGAGGAUAAAAAUAUUAUAAAUGAUAUUGCAUUAAAAAAUGCAUUUAAUAAUGAAUGA